CAGCACAUUCGACGACUCCACAGUCUUUAUCCUAGAUCCGGCAGUGAGAUGAUGAGAGCAUUGCUGCGAGCAGAGGGAUUGCUAGUAUCACGACAGAGAGUGAGACUGAUGUUGACUAACAUUGACCCAACGGCUGCUGCACGUAGAUGGAGUUAUGCUGUGGCCCGAAGAACAUACCAUGUGCCAUAUCCAAACAGUCUGUGGCAUAUGGAUGGGAAUAUGCGUCUUAUCAGAUGGGGCUUCGUGAUACAUGGAGCUAUAGAUGGAUACUCUCGGCUGAUAACUUACUUGAACUGUAAUGUAAACAACAGAGCCGCCACAGUUUUAACACUGUUCUUAAAAGCCACAUGCAUUUAUGGACUUCCAUCUAGAGUGCGGUCAGAUCACGGUGGAGAGAACACACAAGUGGCAUUGUUCAUGAAUGUUGUUCAUGGUGUUGAGCAUAGAGGUCACAUCACAGGGGAAUCUGUGCACAACCAGAGAAUCGAGCGCCUUUGGAGGGACGUUUUCUUGCAUGUUCUGUACAGUUUCUACACCGAAUUCUACAGCCUUGAGGACAGUGGCACAUUAGAUCCUGCAAAUGACAUUCACAAGCUUUCCCUUCAUCUUGUAUAUUUACCAGAAAUACAGAGCAGGUUGGACAGGUUUCGUGAAGCCUGGAAUCACCACAGUCUAAGGACGGAAAACAACCGAACACCCACUCAGAUCUGGACAGAAGGCAUGCUGACCAACAUGUUGGUAGAUUGCACCUCUAUCAACAAUGUAUUUGGUGAUGAUCCAUUCAGGGAGCGCAAUUUGGAGUCUCUUUUGGCACAACAUGGAGUUCACAACUUCCCAGCUGAUUUGGGUAACGAUUUCCCUGCUGUUGAGGUCCAACAACCCAUUGCUGACCUUAGCCAGGAACAACAAGAGGAAGUUUUAAGGGCCAUAGAAGGCACUGCAGACUUGAAAUUGAAAUAUCAAAUGUGCUGCAAUGAAAUUUCCAAUAGGCUAUCUCUAAGGACAUAAACACAAGUUGGAUAACCUGCUUGCUGUUUGAAAUUGUUGCUCCAGGUUGUACAGUUUUUAUAUUUGUUUCUUUUAGAGGGUCAAUGACAAAAGGUAAUAAUUUGUAAAAUAAAUCAGAAUACAGAAUUACAUUUAAUGCUAUAAAAAGUAAACACCCUUUCAAAGAAUUUGCAUUCCUUUUAUUUUGUGUAAAUGUAACCAGUUUCGUUACACUUCAUGUAACAGUUCACACCUUCUGAAAACUUAACAAGUCAGAGAAAAACUGUUUUUCAUUUAACUGGGAUU